UGCUAGGUGUGGCUUGUAACUUCUUCAUAAAAAUCAGCAGUUGCUUUUUCUACUCUUCCAGCUCACAGCACACUAACCUUCAAUCUUCCACUGAAACGCUGCAAGAAACUGAGCUCAUUAUGUCUUUUAUGCAAGAAUUCCUAUCAAAUGCUAACUUUCUGGAAGGUGGAGAACAAAAACCAUGUACAGCUGAAGAGUCUGGACCAUCACUUAAUGCACAUUCUGGUUUCAAUGCUGCAGAAGAUGCUGCAACUCUAGAAAAAGCAAUUAAAGCUAAAGGUGUUGAUGAAGGUACCAUCAUUGAUGUGUUGACCAAAAGAACAAAUGCUGAGCGCCAGCUAAUAAAGGCUGCAUACCAUCAACAAACCGGCAAGUCUUUAGAUGACGCAUUGAAGAAAGCUCUCUCAAGUCACCUGGAGGAGGUUGUUUUGGGACUGCUGAAAACUCCAGCACAAUUUGAUGCUCAUUGCUUAAAAGCUGCCGUCAAGGGGCUUGGAACAGAUGAAAGUACAUUGAUUGAAAUCCUAGUGUCACGGGAUAAUCGUGAGCUUCGGGAAAUAAACAAGGUAUACAAAGAAGAAUUUAAAAAAGAUCUUUGUAAAGAUGUGGCUUCUGAUACAUCAGGAGACUUUCAAAAGGCUCUUCUUGCACUUAUUAAGGGUGAGCGCUCUGAGAGCACAACUGUAAAUGAAGACCAGGCUGACAAUGAUGCAAGGGCACUAUAUGACGCAGGAGAAAAGCGAAAAGGCACAGAUGUCUCUGUGUUCAUAAACAUUCUGACUUCCAGGAGCAUUCCACAACUUCGCCAAGUUUUCACAAGGUAUGCCAAAUAUAGCAAAAAUGAGAUGACUAAGGCUCUUGAUCUUGAGCUGAAAGGAGACAUUGAAAAUUGUCUGAUAUCCCUUGUAAAGGUGAUAAUAAACAAGCCAUCGUAUUUUGCUGAUAGAUUCCAGUUGGCAAUGAAGGGAUCUGGAACCAGGCAUAAGGAUUUAAUCAGGCUCCUAGUAUCCCGUUGUGAAAUUGACUUGAAAGAUAUAAAAACUUACUACAAGCGGAUCUAUGGAAAAACACUGCGCCAAGCUCUUAUGGAGGAAAAGCUGAAAGGAGACUAUGAGACAAUUGUUCUCGCACUGUGUGGACCUGACAACUAGACUGUCUCCCAGGAAACCACUUUUUCCCCACUUUAUAUUCGAUCUUGUUAGACUUGUUUAAAAUAUCAGCUUCAUUUCUAUAUUUUGUAUCUCCUGCAGUAGAGGUCAUCAAUAUCAACCAAUUUUUUUUUUGUGUACAAUUUUUUUUUUUUGUAAUAAAUGUGAAUAUUAAUACCUGGA